AGUCCCCCACCCAUGUUAUUCGGUUUUGCUGUCGUCGCAUUUUCCUAUACGACGACUAACUACUUCACGCGUAGUAUUUUCUGGAGCGAAGAAAAGGUGAUCAAGAGAGUGCAGAAGAAAGCAGUUUAUAACGAUAGCCUCCACAGCUGGAAUAUAAGCCAAUAAAACGAUAUUACCGAUGGCUGAUAAGCGGCGCCCCAAGAAACGCAAAGAUGAAUACACUGGUCCAGGCGGUGCCGACCAGGAACUCGACAAAGCCACCAAAGAAGAGUACAAGGUGGCAAAAUGGCUCAAAUCGAAUGUGCCGACCAAAAAGACCAAAUUUCUGAACCACAAUGUGGAAUAUUUCUCAGCGGUGCGGGCCGUCGAUGCCCUGAUGGCUUCAAAGUUCGCCCAGGGUGACAAUUGCAUGUUUCCCCACCGCCAGGCGGUACUCGAUUUCAUGGACGAAAUGCUGCACCACAAGUUUUUCCAUCGCGCCAAAAAGGUUCCGGUGAGCGAACAGGAAUUGCGCGGUAAAAGCAAGAAAUCCGACAAGGAACCCGAGAAGGAAAAGCCCAAAAAGGACGAAAAAACAACCGAUGGCGGCGAAAGUAGCCACGCUGAAGGUGGAAAAGGAGAUAAGGCUUCUGCGGACAAAGAAAAGCGCAAACGCAAGAUUCGGUUGGAAAUGCAUCCGGAACAGUUGUUCGUCGAUGGCCACGAAGCUUACGUCUGGUUGUAUGAUCCUAUUCCAAUGCACUACUGGAUCUUUGGUGCCCUGUUGGUCGUCGGAGCUAUCGUCAUAUGUCUGUUCCCACUGUGGCCACCUAUGCUACGAAAGGGUGUCUACUAUCUCAGUAUAGCGGCUGCCGGCUUUUUGGUGUUUAUUCUAGGAUUGGCAGUGUUGCGAUUUGUCCUUUUCUGUAUUGUGUGGAUUCUCACCGGAGGCAAACAUCAUUUCUGGCUCUUGCCGAAUUUGACCGAAGACGUUGGAUUCUUCGCCUCAUUCUGGCCAUUGUAUGAUCAUGAAUACAAAGACGGAAGCUCCGAGAAGGACAAGAACAAAAAGAAUAAAAAACGAAAGCGCGACAAAGAUAGCGAUGCCGAAGACGAAGGCACGGCUGCGGUAAAUGUUCCGCAGAAGAUAGAGGAAACUGCGGAACCUGAUGCCGAACAGAAGAAACAGGAAUCCGAAUUGCGACACCGAGGAAAGGGCAAAACGGCUGUCGCUGCUGAAAAGGUGGAAGAAACAACAAAUGCCAGCGAUGGACAUGAGGACGACGAGGAAAACGGUGUUGAUGAAAAACACUCACCAUCAGAAAGUGAAUCGGAGAGUUCACAACGGUCCUCAACUGGGAAAGAUUUCGAAAUGUUGGACCAUGAAGAGGUAGAAGGAUCGUAAACCACAGCAACAUCCCAACAGAACCUGAUAUCGCAGACAAACAGAUAAGUUAAUAUGAUAACAAUGAUACAAACAUUUAAAAUGGCACAUUAGGUGAACUGAUAAUACAGCAACCGACAUGGAUAACCGGUAUAUUGACAUCCACUAGACGCAGCCACACUAUUAUUGUAUUUAUAAUUUAUAUUUUAAUUUGUUUUUAAUAGUUGCAACAAAUUGAGUGAAUAAAUUAGAACACAUUUUCAAAUUGUAAUUUAGUACUACAAUGAUUUGGGUGGUUAUUGGAACCGGUGCAACUUCUCACGUGGUUGGAGCACUAUUUGCUGCUUCAUUAAAGUUGUAGAAUUCUUAACUACGGCAGAUAUCCAUGCAAUAGGCGAACAUGAAUGAAUCUACAAGUAGAAACUAAAAAACAUAUACGAAAACUGCAGAAAUGUUGAAUCCCCUUGAACAUGGUCGAUUUAUCAAAUAACUGAGAAUAAUUAUCAAUACGUGCAUCGUUUGGCAUUUUAGAUGGGUAUUACUUUUCAUCACAUAUUAUAAGGGGAAGCGUACAAAUACAUUGAAAAUGCAACAAAUGAUUCAAGAUUUAUUCCAUCCUGCUUUCUUGUUUGACAAAAAAUAAAUAAAUAAAUAAAAGAAACAAAGUAAAAACAAAUUUAUCCAGGAUGAUACUUUUGCUAAAGUAGAAACAAAAUCAUCCCUGUACUGAUAACAGAAGUUGCAAUGAAAAUAUUUAAUUGAGUAGUAAAAGAUGAGUUUUGAAACUUCUUUGUGCAAGCAUCGGUGAUGCGGAAAAUAAAUAAAAAUAUAUAUAGACAUUGAAAACAA